CUCCCGGAGGAGCUGGGCAGGGGAGGCUGGACUCUUGCGGAGUGGCUCUGAGCUUCUGCUUGGGCCGCGGAGCCCCGGAGCCGUCGCGAUGAGCUGGGCCCUGGUCCUCUGGCUGCUGGAGCUGUGCGCGGUGCUCCUGGCGCUGCUGUUGCUGCUGCGCUUCCUGCGGGCGGAUUGCGACCUGACGUUGAUGUGGGCCGAGUGGCAGGGGCGACGCCCAGAAUGGGAACUGACCGACAUGGUGGUGUGGGUGACUGGAGCAUCAAGUGGCAUUGGUGAGGAGCUGGUUUACCAGUUGUCUAAACUAGGAGUUUCUCUUGUGCUGUCAGCCAGAAGAGUGCAUGAGCUGGAGAGAGUGAAAAGGAGAUGCCUGGAGAAUGGCAAUUUAAAAGAAAAGGAUAUUCUGGUUUUGCCUCUUGACUUGACUGAUAGAAACUCCCAUGAGGUCGCAACCAAAACUGUCCUCCAGGAGUUUGGUAAAAUCGACAUUCUGGUCAACAAUGGUGGGAGAUCUCAGCGUUCUUUGUUUAUGGAAACCAGCGUAGAUGUCUUCAAGGAGCUAAUGGACCUUAACUACUUAGGAACAGUGUCCUUGACUAAGUGUGUCCUACCUCAUAUGAUGGAGAGGAAGCAGGGGAAGAUUGUGACUGUGAACAGCUUUGCGGGAAUUUUGUCUGUACCCCUUUCGAGUGGCUAUUGCGCCAGCAAGCAUGCUCUUCGGGGUUUUUUUAAUGCUCUCCGAACAGAACUUAGCGACUAUCCGGGCAUAUCGAUUUCUACUGUGUGCCCUGGACCUGUGCAGUCAGAUAUUGUGAAGAAUGCACUAACUGAGGAAGUCACAAAGAUGGUAGGAAAUGAAGGAGACCAGUCGCAUAAGAUGGCAACUAGUCGCUGUGUGCAGCUGAUGUUGAUCUCCAUGGCCAAUGAUCUGAAAGAAGUUUGGAUCGGCGAUCACCCCUACUUGUUGGUAGCAUAUAUAUGUCAGUAUAUGCCAACCUUUGGCUGGUGGUUAGUCAACAAAUUUUCGAAGCAAAGGAUUGAAAACUUCAAGAAGGGUGUGGAUGCAGAUUCCUCUUAUUUUAAAGUCUGGAAGAGAAAACAUGAUUAAAAGAAGUAUUUGGAAGUUUGCAAUUGGAGAACUACAGCUUAUUUUACAGAAGACCAAUAUAAGACUAAUUUAUGAUUUUUUUUUUGGACGUAGGAUCUUACUUUGUACACCAAGCUAACCUCCAGUCCUGUCUCAGCCUCCUAAGUGCUGGGAUUGUAGGCAUGUGAUUCCAUGUUCAGCUUGAUUUUAAAUUUUGAUACAACUUUAAACAUACAAUGAAUAAAAUAUUGUCAUGAAUCUUGCAAAAAGCUAUUAACACUCGUUACAUCCUUGAACAACAGAACAUUUAAUUAUGCUUUCACAUAUAGGCUUUAACCUAAGUUAUCAAAGUAUAACCAAGAAUUAUACUCAUGUACUUAACAUAUAUGUGUUCAUGUGUGCUUCCAGAAUAAAAUAGCAGAUUGAAUGUUAGAUACAAUAGGAGUUUGUUUCUUACAGUUCUAAAAGCGAGGAAGUCCAAGAUCAAGGCACCAACAGGAUUGGGGUCUGGCCGGCUCAUCUGUACCUCUAAGAUACCUUGUUGCUGUGCCCUCCAAAUGGGUGCACUCAGUCCUCUGUGGGGAAAGGAAGUAGGGAAGGGGCAAGAGGAAAACCUCCCAUCUGAAGCCCCCUUUUAAGGAUAUCUAAUCCUCAUUCACCUCUCAAAGGCCAUGCCUGUUACUACUGUAGCUUUGGGAAUUAAAUUGCAACAUUACUUCCUGGAGGAACAGAAAGCUUUAAACCAUAGCAACAAAACUGUAUUGCAAAGUUCACAAACAAAUGGCUGGGCAUUGAGAAAAUGUAAAGCUGCAUUUAGGAUAUUUCUACCUCCAAGAUACUUCUACUCUUUUAGAAGAGUGCACCGAUAGAAAUAGUCAUUUGAAGUACUAAGCAGAACUCACAGCAGCCAUAACUUAUUACAUGUGGUAUGUAAUUUGCUCUGUUGGAAUGCUUUAGUAUUAGUUUACUUAAGGUGGGUGGUAUUUUCUACUUUAAUAGAUGAAGAUUAUCCUAAGAAUCCAAUGUUCUCUGUCCUGUUAUUAAAGCCAAGAGAGGUCUGUCUACAGGGUAAAUGGAUGAGGCACUGAUCUUGGAGUGUUCUUUUCUUUAUACAGCACCAGCCGCAGGUAUUUUGUAGCAACAAUGGAAAGUACACUUAAUACAUACCUAUAAGUGGAAUUGUGGAAUGUUUUAUAACAAUACUAUUGUAGCACUUUUGAGGAACCUUCAUGCUGUUUUUCAAAAUUUCUAUAAACAAUUUUAGAAGCAA